AUGAACGAGAUGUUCCUUAACAGCAUCCAAACGGGUACCCCCCAUAUCAUAACUCCUGUCCCAAACGAUAAAUUAACGAAGAUAUGGCAAAAGCUCGAAGGGGAAGUGAAAGGUGCCAGUAACGGGCAAAUAUGGGGUGCAAUAGUCGGCUCCCUUGUCGGCGCUGCCAUCGUUUGCGGCUGCAUGUUCUACAUGAUCUGGAAAGACACCAGAGGAUCUCAUUAUCAGGAGGCCGAUCGAACCCGUCGAGAUCUCGAACUUGGAAACCUUCAACAGUCAGAUGAUCCCCUUCAUGCAAAAACUCGAUCAAGCAAUAUUACCGGAAAUAAGGAGGACGAAAUUUUAACUUUAGGACAAGAAGUUGCUGGUAGAUCAUCGAUGGCCGAUUCGAAGGAGUUGGAUGAUGUCAAAACGAGUGUUGCGGAACCAGCACCUGCUUAUAUUCCCCACCUCCGUUGA